CCGUUGAUAAGGCGGAGGGGGAGGGACGCGGCUGCGCCAGCGGCAUCGGCAGCGGCGGCGGGGCCGGCAGGGCAGGGCCGUGCUUGUCUCCGCCACCGCGGCCCGCGUCGCCAUGAGGUCGGCCUGGGCGCUCGCUCUGAGCUGCGCGCUGCUGCUGCUGGCCGCGUCCGUUAGCGCUGAGGAGGUGGAUGUGGAUGCAACGGUGGAGGAUGACUUGGGUAAAAGCAGGGAAGGGUCCCGGACCGACGAUGAAGUUGUUCAGAGAGAGGAAGAAGCUAUCCAGCUAGAUGGCCUAAAUGCAUCCCAGAUCAAAGAAAUCAGAGAAAAAUCUGAGAAGUUUGCAUUUCAAGCAGAAGUUAACAGGAUGAUGAAACUUAUCAUCAAUUCUUUAUAUAAAAAUAAAGAGAUUUUCCUGAGGGAGCUUAUUUCAAAUGCUUCGGAUGCUUUAGAUAAGAUACGGUUAAUAUCCUUGACUGAUGAAAAUGCUCUUGCUGGUAAUGAGGAGCUCACUGUCAAAAUCAAGUGUGACAAAGAGAAGAACAUGCUUCACGUUACAGAUACGGGUAUCGGCAUGACAAAAGAGGAGUUGAUUAAAAACCUGGGUACCAUUGCAAAGUCUGGUACAAGUGAAUUCUUAAAUAAGAUGACUGAAAUGCAGGAUGAUAGCCAGUCAACAUCUGAGUUAAUUGGCCAGUUUGGUGUUGGCUUUUAUUCUGCCUUCUUAGUAGCAGACAGAGUUAUUGUCACAUCAAAACACAACAAUGAUACCCAGCACAUUUGGGAAUCAGACUCAAAUGAAUUCUCUGUGAUUGAUGACCCAAGAGGAAACACUUUAGGACGUGGCACAACCAUAACCCUUGUCUUGAAGGAAGAAGCAUCUGAUUAUCUUGAGUUGGAUACUGUUAAAAACCUUGUCAAGAAAUACUCACAGUUCAUUAACUUCCCCAUAUAUGUGUGGAGCAGCAAGACAGAGACUGUUGAAGAACCUGUAGAAGAAGAGGAAGCAAAAGAGAAAGAAGAAACAGAUGAUGAUGAAGCUGCAGUGGAAGAAGAAGAGGAGGAGAAGAAACCAAAAACAAAGAAGGUUGAAAAGACUGUCUGGGAUUGGGAGCUCAUGAAUGACAUAAAACCAAUCUGGCAGAGACCAUCUAAAGAAGUUGAAGAAGAUGAAUACAAAGCUUUUUACAAAACCUUUUCCAAGGAACAUGAUGAUCCAAUGGCUUACAUCCACUUUACUGCUGAAGGGGAAGUCACUUUCAAAUCGAUCUUGUUUGUUCCUAAUUCUGCUCCACGUGGCUUGUUUGAUGAAUACGGAUCUAAAAAAAGCGAUUUCAUUAAGCUGUAUGUUCGAAGAGUGUUCAUCACUGAUGACUUCCAUGACAUGAUGCCCAAAUAUCUUAACUUCGUUAAAGGUGUUGUGGAUUCUGAUGAUCUUCCUUUGAAUGUAUCUCGUGAAACACUUCAGCAGCAUAAAUUGUUAAAGGUGAUCAGAAAGAAACUCGUUCGUAAAACUCUUGAUAUGAUCAAGAAAAUUGCAGAGGAAAAAUACAAUGACACCUUCUGGAAAGAGUUUGGUACUAAUGUCAAGCUUGGAGUUAUUGAGGAUCACUCCAAUCGUACACGACUGGCUAAACUUCUUCGCUUCCAGUCCUCUCAUCAUGAAAGUAACCUUACAAGUCUUGACCAGUAUGUGGAAAGAAUGAAAGAAAAACAAGACAAAAUAUAUUUCAUGGCAGGUGCCAGCAGAAAGGAGGCUGAGUCCUCACCGUUUGUUGAACGUCUUCUGAAAAAGGGCUACGAAGUGAUCUACCUGACUGAACCUGUAGAUGAAUACUGUAUUCAAGCUCUGCCAGAAUUUGAUGGCAAGAGGUUUCAGAACGUAGCAAAAGAAGGCGUUAAGUUUGAAGAAAGUGAAAAAUCUAAGGAGAGUCGAGAAGCCUUGGAAAAGGAAUUUGAACCACUCUUGAACUGGAUGAAAGACAAAGCUCUGAAGGACAAGAUUGAAAAAGCUGUGCUCUCUCAACGUUUAACCCAGUCUCCGUGUGCACUUGUGGCUAGUCAGUAUGGAUGGUCUGGUAACAUGGAAAGAAUCAUGAAGGCUCAAGCUUACCAAACUGGGAAGGACAUAUCUACAAAUUACUAUGCUAGCCAAAAGAAGACAUUUGAAAUAAACCCCAGGCAUCCACUGAUCAAAGACAUGCUGAGGCGAGUCAAGGAAAAUGAAGAUGACAAAACAGUUUCAGAUCUUGCAGUGGUACUGUUUGAAACUGCAACUUUGAGAUCAGGAUAUAUGUUACCAGACACCAAAGAAUAUGGAGACAGAAUAGAAAGGAUGCUUCGUUUGAGUUUAAACAUUGACCUGGAUGCAAAGGUGGAGGAAGAACCUGAAGAGCCUGAAGAUGCAGCUGAGGAGGCAGAGCAAGAAGAAGAAGAGGUGGAUGCUGAUGCUGAAGACAGUGAAACACAGAAGGAAUCCACAGAUGUGAAAGAUGAACUGUAAACUGCACUUGCCUACCAUCCUGCAUUGGGGGGCUAGGAAGGGAUGUGAAUUAGGUUUUGUUUUUUUCCACUGUAAAAGGUUGAGGGAUGGUGUGGGGGUUAAGGGCAGAGGAGAUUUUUUUUAAGUUGACUUUUCUAAAACAUUCCUCAUGAAUGUAAAUUUGUAUUAUUUAACUGACUUGGUGUAAAAUCUUGUCAUGUACAAAAUAAAAUGUUCCCAAACACCAGUAACUCUAAAUUUUACACAGUAAGCUCAGCUCAUCUUAAAGAAUUAAAGGGGUUGUCUUGAGUGUUCAGGUCCUUUGUCCAACAGGGAAUUUGCUGUCCUGAGGUUGUUCCACACUGGUACAGCCGCACAGUCAAAAACAUAUGCUUAAGGCUGGAUUUUGUGUUAACAGAUGUGCUGUGCUCUUCAAUCCCGAGUAUACCUGGCAUCUAAGGGUUCUACUGAAACUUCUUUGUGUGGAAUAAGUAUUCAGGAAAUUAUAUAGUACUGACAUCUUAAAGAUGAGAGGGCAUUUAAAAAAUAAGUGUUGGAAUUGAAAGUCCUGCUGGCUUGAGUGGAAAGGCAAUGUUUAAAAAAAAAAAUUGGGUUUGUAGCAGGCUUUCUGAAAUAUGCUUAAAAUACAGGGGCACUGGAUGUGACUUUAUUGCACUUUACAGAACAGGCAGUGGUAGCUAUUGCAGCUGAGAUGAGCAAAAGCUUGUCCUUUCAUUAAAAGGUUGAAGAAUAGCUGGAAGCAAUUUACUCUCUGGGAGCCUAUCCUCAUCCUCCACUGUCUUUAACCCUGCCUUUAACUCAGGUAGCUUUCCCAACAGCUGCAGUAGUCCUUUCUCCAUUUUUUUCAUGUGGAAGCUCUUUGCUGUUACAGUUCCUCUUUAAUGCUGUUAUUUCUGAACUUUUUAGCUCUUGUUCUGUGUCCGUACUGUGACAAAUCACUGUACCUACUUAAGCUAAUUCAAGCCGCAUCUGUUGAUACCAAAUGGAAUACUGUGUAAUGUAGAGAAGUUGGACACACCACUGUCUCUUCUACUUCCUGCAUUAGUUUUGUGGUUGCAUGAAGCACUGUUUUCUCACUAGUGCCUCUACUUCUGAAACAAAUUUUCACAGAGUUGGCAGGAAAGGUUUACAUUGAUUCUUCAUUUGCCUUCUGUGAAAGUACAUAGAGUUGUUGUCUAAGUACUGUUCCUAUUUGAGAACCACUCUUGUUAACUAGGCAGGCAAAAGAGUAGACUUCAAAUCUUAUGAUCUUAGGUGAAAUCACCUAUAAUUAGGUGAAGACACAUAAACACAGAGGUGAAAAGCUUGUGUUCCUGUUUACUUUUACUAGCCUGUGUUGCCCAAAUACUUAAUUAGGGUUUAUUUGUGGGUGUAGAGUUUAUUAAAGUAUGCUGUUUAAGACUGCCUGGAAAAGGAGCUUAAUUGGGGUAGGGGUUCACUGCUGAAGCAUCUUUAAUACAGAAAGUUGAGUUAGGAGUGGUCCAACUCUUGAGUUGUUUAGCAGGUAGCAGUAUCAGCUGUAAUAGCAGCAGUCCUUUGUUAGUAAGUUCUUGAAUAGGGCAAAAGCACCAUUUUUAAGGCAUGUGUUUUGUAGCAAUUAACUACUACUAAGGUUUUCAUUUAAUAUUUCCUUAACUUGCAGUGUUCCAGGUUCACUAUAUAAAGCUUGAAAUAUGAAGUAAAUCCUUUAAUGCAUUAAAAGUACGCAUGCCCGUCUUACCUAUGCUUGACCAGCCUGAGUAGCAGGCGUGGCUUAGGCCCACUGUCUGGUUUUGCAGCUCAGAAACCUGGUAGGAAUGUUACUGGAGGGUGUAGGCUUGUUUCCUGUGCAAUCCUUUUCUGUUUAUUCCUUACAGACUUUAAACCACCUUUUGCUCUGUUCCAUGGCUGGAGUUCUGAAGGCAUUGAUUGGUUACAGGAUGCCCUGUCUGCUUCAGUGUCAAAAAUAAAGAGCACACUUUGGA